AUGUUUUGUGUCGCAUUCAUCUUUGGUUUGGCCGGGUGUCCUUCCCUGCGUUUUAGACCUACCGCCAGGCUUGGCCCUGAUCCCUCUGGCUCACGUCGGGCUAAUCGUAAGUUGCAUCCUGGAUCAGCCUGGUCAGGGUCUGUCCAUUCCGUCCUUGUCCUACCGCCUACGACUGGAGUUGCCAACCUCCGGAAGUUCGACCCGCACCGGACCGCAGAUGGUUAA